CAGAAAAUGGCUGACGGCGAGAGUGUGGACUGUUUUGCGCGAGUCCGAAAAUAGUUUCAGCCAGUUCUACGUCGAUGAAUACGGUGGGUUUCGCGUGUAAGUAAGAGGCAGGAUGUUUAAAAAGGCCAAACGAGCUAACCUAAGACGGCGGAAUGAGUCCGACGAGGACGAACAGGAGGAGGGCCAGCAGCAGCAGCAGCAGCGGGCGCCGCAAGCAGGAGGGGCCGCGGCGGAGGAGAUCCCGUUUAUGGAGACUACCGGCGGCGGCGGUUUCCCCCCCGGAGUCCGCAUUACAGACGUCCAUCAUGGCAACGGCUUUCUUUCCAGUGCUGUAAAGGCGGCGAAGAGAGAAACCAAAAAUAAAAACAAGGACAAAGAGAAGGAUGCGGCGCCAACGGCUCCGAAAGCCAGCCUGCUCAGUUUCGUCGACGACGAAGCAGAUGGAUCGGAGGUGUUCCGAGUGAAGAAAUCCAACCACAGCAAGAAGAUUGUCAAACAGCUCAAAAAAGAAUACAAAGAAGAUCUGGAGAGGACUGGAACUGUCAAACAGGAGUCAAAUUCAGAUGCUCCAACCCAGCUUGCAGUGGUCAUCAAAGAGGAAGCCAGUAGCAGGGCAGGCAGUGAACAGGGGGAGGAGGAGAUGGAGGUGGACAGUGCUGAUGACCAAGAGGAGGAGCAGAGGGGUCAUGGUGUGCAGGCACACGGUCAAGCCUGCAAGGGCAACAACACUGCUGGAACCUUCAACUCCGUGUCCUCCCUCAGCAGCCUCAGACCUGGGGAGAUCCCUGACGCUGCAUUCAUCCAUGCUGCCAGAAAGCGGCGGCAAUUGGCAAGGGAACUCGGGGGUGAUGCCCCCCUGGUGGAGACGGAGACCCCCAAGAAAAGAUUAAUUCGAGAGGAAGAGCAGGAUGCUAGUGAUGAUGAAGACGAAGAAGAGAAGAGGAUCAGCUUCAGUGGCGUCAAGAACAAGAGCCAGAGGCAGAAAAUCGCUGAGGAGAUAGGUAUUGAGGGCAGCGAUGAUGAGGGAUUGGAUGCCGGUCAUGAUGAGGAGGUGAGCCGCUGGGAGCAGGAGCAGAUAAGAAAGGGAAUCAGCAUACCCCAGGUCCAGAGCAGCCAGCCAGAAGAGAGCACUGUAUACUACCAGAAUAGCUACGAGACUCAGCCCUACGGCUCGUCUUACAACAUGCCCUUCACUUACAGCUCUGUGGCCUCACAGGGUGGCAAGCCACCCGGCCAAACAGACGAAGGCUCAGUCCCCUAUAGGGCCCCCAGUGGUGACCUGACCCCAGUCUCCUCUGAUCUGGUAAAGAAACGUCUACGGGACAGGCUCAGCCAAAUGCGCACGAGCCAUGAAGCGAACACCAAACGCUACGAACAGAUCUUGGAAGAGCUAGCCACCUCUGAGAGCACCAUACAUCGGCUAGAGGGCUCUUCCGAUGAUAAUGCAGAUCAAUAUAAAUUCUUGCAAGAGAUGCGAGGGUAUGUUGGAGACUUGCUUGAGUGUUUCGGGGAAAAGGUGCCAGCUGUCCUGGAGCUGGAGGCUGCCAUGCACCAGUUACUAAGGCAACGGGCCUCGCGACUCGUCCAAAGAAGACAGGAUGAUAUUAAAGAUGAAUCGGCGGAGUUUGCAAGCCUUUCAAACAAGGCUGUCAUGGCUCCCAGUCUGGAUUCAUUUGGUCGAGACCGCACAGCCUACCAGGAGCAUGCUCGCCAGCGGAGGAUAGCCGAGAGAGAGGCACGACGAACUCGCCGGCGUCAGGCCAGAGAGCAGAAUGGAAAGAGGGCAGAGCACAGAGAAGGCCUGUCAUCUGAUGAUGAGGAGACCUCCACUGACAUCACCAGCUUCAACAUGGAAAAAGAUCGGAUCAUUAGGGAGUGUAAGAAGGUAUUUGAGGACGUGGUAGAGGAUUUCCAUUCUCUAGACUGCAUCAAAUCUCGCUUUGAGCUGUGGAGGAGAUACUACAAUGACUGCUACAAAGACGCUUACAUUGGCCUUUGUCUGCCCAAGCUCUUCAACCCGCUCGUUCGUUUGCAGCUCAUCCCGUGGAACCCACUGGAGGCGGAGUGUGCUAACUUUGAGUACAUGCUCUGGUUUGAAUCGCUACUGUUCUACGGCUGUGAAGAGCACAGCACAUUGCAGAAAGGAGACGUGGAUGUCAACCUGCUGCCCGCCAUCGUAGAGAAGGUCAUCCUCUCGAAACUGGCAGUCUUGACAGAGCAAGUCUGGGACCCACUGUCCAGCAGCCAGACAGCCAGGCUGGUGAGCUUCAUCUGUAAAUUAAUGAAGGGUUACCCCACAGUGCUGCAUGGGGACAACAGCUACACACAGGAACUGUUGAAGACUAUCGUAUUGCGGACCAGGCGGACCCUUGAUGAAGAUGUCUUCCUGCCACUCUAUCCCAAAAAUGUGCUCGAGAACAAGAACAGCAGUGCGUACUUAUUCUACCAGAGACAGUUCUGGUCCUGUGUCAAGCUCUUGGGCAACAUCCUGCAGUGGGAGGGUAUCCUUUCUGGCUCCUGUCUGAGGGAACUGGCCCUGGACAGCACGCUGAAUAGAUACAUCCUGUCUGCGUUGCAGACCACAGAGAUGAGCGUUGACAGCAUUCAGAAGUGCCAGCAGGUGGUGGAGUGCUUCCCAAUGACAUGGUUCUCUGGACUGAAGGGUCAGCAGACUUUGCCGCAGUUAGAGCCAUUCUGCCGCUACCUCACCCACCUGGCCAACUCGCUGCACCGCUGCAGCCUCGGCGGGAACGAUGUCGAACGGCGUACUGCCAAGGAGCAGAUCAAAGAGCUGGUGAGGCUGCUGGGCAACAUGAACGCCCUGGACCACAUCAUCGCGGUGGCGGCGGAGCACGGCAUUAAGGAAGUCACGCCGCUCCUCGAAGCCCAGUGAUUGGAGACCGCCCAACAUCGAUGUCUUAACUCUGCCAACGGGCAAAUCGCUUUGGACGGCAUGGGAAUGUGUUGUGUGUGUUCAUGAACGGGGGGGGGGCAGUUCUUAUGCUUAGUAAAGCAGGAGGGCAAACGAGCCUUUGUGUAAAUAUUGUGAAUAAUGUAUAUUUUCUGAAAUGGGACUGUGGAGGCAUGUUCACUCACCUGAUACUAGUAGGUGUUGUAUCCGGUCUGUUCUUCAGCGGCUGUUCUUCGAAGGGAUCGGUAUUAAAUUGGCACUAACCGAACUCUGCACGGCAAACUCUUCCAUCGUAUGAAGCGGAAGAUUCGCCAUGUUUACUUUUUACUUGGAAGUUGAUAUUUGUUUGCAUUUUGAUUAUCAGCACCUGUCUUUGAACAAGUUACACCUGUACACCAGACUCAAAUGACCAGGCUUAAUGGCUAAAAGCAGCCAAAAUGAUAAUAAUCAUCAUUACAAUGAUAUCGCGCCUUUCUAGACACCCGAAGCACGUCAUUGAAGGGGGCAACUCGCCUCAAUAACCCGUUUCUCACCCACUUACCCGUUUCUGUAUGUGCCAAAAGACUUCCGUUUUGCUCAAAGGUAGAUAUUGCCCUUACAGCCUAUGCAGGAGAACAUUUGUACCCGUACUUGAUCCUACUUCUUCCCCCGUCAGCGGUUCUGUUAACGAUGCAGGCGAGCCCACAGGGUUUUACCGCUGUGUUCUAAUUUGUCACCCCUGUUUCAGCAUUUGGUUGUUAAUAAAAUCUGGAUCUGGAAGAUCACGGAACGCUCUGGAUGUCAGGUUUACUGUAGCUGCGGCUAACGAGGUGCCCCUGGUUUGGGUUCGUCUUCUGCACUGGGACGGGGAUCUUCUCACACCUCGACAGCAGGAAUCUGUUUUACAUUUGAGUUUUUUGAUUUUGAUUGGCCGUGUCUGCGGGUGGGAAGCCGGAUGUGGGUGUGUGUCCUGGUCGCUGCACUAGCGCCUCCUCUGGUCGGUCGGGGCACCUGCUCAGGGAGGAGGGGGAAUGGCGAAUAGCGUGAUCCUCUCACGCGCUACGUCCCCCUGGCGAAACUCCUCACUGUCAGGUGAAAAGAAGCGGCUGGCGACUCCACAUGUAUGGGAGGAGGCAUGUGGUCUGCAACCCUCCCCGGAUCGGCAGAGGGGGUGGAGCAGCGACCGGGACGGCUCGGAAGAGUGGGGUGAUUGGCCAAGUACAGUUGGGGAGAAAAGGGGAGGGGGCCCAAAAAAAGUAUAUCUAUAGAGCAGUGUCAAGCCUGUGAUAAGACAUCUUCAUACAGACGAAAGGAAAUCGUUUAUUUUCAAUGCAAGCAAUGCCAUGGUUCAACUUGGCUGCAAAAGAUAACCGCAAUGCUUCGUGUUCAUGUGCUUGUGUGUUUCUGAUUUGCUCAGUGGGCCAUGGCUGAAGUGGGCCAUGAUUGCUUCGGUAAACCGGAUUAGGACGGGCCAAGAGUUUCAUGUUGCUUGUCCCUUGGUGGUAGUGAAUGGGGUGACGUUUGGGUAUUGUGACGCCGCGUUUUGUUGAAAUGAUGAAUCCGUUACCUAAAAAGUUGUGUAUCGUUGCCUGCUGGUGGAUGCUGGGCCGUUACGGUGCGUACCGUGUCGACUCAUCCGUCAUCACAGCCUCGUUACAUCAUGAGGCUGCAAUGUAAUGUAAGGAAAUGUAACCAUGACGUCACCGUGACGUCAUGAGGCUGCAAUGUAACGAAUGUAACGUAACCGUGAC